UUGUAGACGACGUGUACACGUACAUGACGCCAAGCAACGCCAGUCGACAAGUUAGUCAUAGUGAAAUGUCAAUCAAUUUAAAUAAGAAAUUCAUAAUAAACAUUUAAAACAAAAGUGUAAAUAUAUUUUUAAAAAAAAAUAAUAAUAAUAAGGAUAAUUUUAAUAGAAUUUUGGAGUUGAAAAAGUGAUCAUCAUUAUUAUUAUAAAAAAAAAAAUGAUAAACUUUCUACAAAAAAUGUAAAAAUAUACCAAAGGAUUUAACAAUAGGAUCAAAAUUAUCAAUUAAAAACAAUGAUAUUAAAUUCAAAGUAUAUACCAUUAAUAAAUACUCAAUUAAUGGAUAAUUUAUAUAAUGCUAUAAAAAAUCAAGAUUUGGAAAAUUUCAAAAUUCUAAUUCAAUAUAUAUCAAAAGAUUCUGAGGAAUCAUUGAUAAUGAUAAAAAAUUUAAUGACUUAUGCAAUGAAAAAUGGUGAAUUAGAUAUUUAUGAUUUUAUAACUAGAGAAAUUUUACCAAUUCAUAAAUAUAAUGAUGAAGAAAUUCAAUCUACAUCGCAUCAUCAAGAUUAUAUAGAAAUUGAACAAUUAUUUCAAAAAUGUACACUAAAUUCUAUUCAUAAUAAUCAUAUUUAUCCGGAAUUUUAUUUAUUAUUAGAAUUUCAUAAAAUGUUAAAAAAAUUUCUUAAUUCUGAAAUAGAUAUUAAUUAUCAACAUUUAGAAGCUGGUUUUACUUUACUUCAUAUGGCAUCUUAUUAUGGAUAUAAAGAUAUUAUAAAAUUUUUAUUAUCAAAAAAACCAAAUUUAGAAUGUCAAUCAAAAUUAGGUAAAACGCCAUUACGCAUUGCUGUUGAAAGAAAUAAUAUAAAAAUUGUUCAAAUUCUUAUUAAUGCAGGGGCAAAUAUAAAUUCAAAUUUAGUUAAUAAAAAAAGUAUUGCCGAUAUUGCAAUUGAAAAUAAAAAUGAUAAAAUUAUUGAAUUAUUUUUAAAUAAUGGAGGACAAUUAAAUGAAAUAUUUAAUAAACCAGCACUUUUUGUUGCAAUUUCACAAGAAAUGGAUAUUAUCGUUGAAUUACUUUUAAAUUAUAAUAUCUCAUUGGAUAAAAAAGAAUUUUGGGAUAUUGAUAAUUUAGAAAAUAAUAAUUCAACAAAAAUAUUAUAUUCAUGGACACCAUUAUUUUUAGCAAUAAAAAUAGGAAAUAUAAAAAUUUUAAAUAUGAUUUUAAAAAAAGAAGUAACAAUAAAUUAUAAAUUAAAUAAUUAUUAUCCAAUUCAUUUUGCUAUUCAAAUGAAUAAUAUUGAAAUUAUAGAAAUAUUACUCGACAACGGAUGUGAUAUUAAUGAAAAAUGUUGUUAUUCAUCAAAUCCAAUUUUACAUGCAAUAGAAAAAAAUAAUUUGUUAUUAUUGCAAUUUUUAAUAAAUAAAGGAGCAUCAUUAAAAAUUGCCGAUGAAUCAUUAUUAAAUUUGGCAAUAACUAAAAAAUGUAAUGAAUCAAUAAUAAAAUGUCUCGUGAAAAAUAAUGUUGAUAUAUUUACAAAAUGGAAAAAUUCAUUAUUACCACUUCAUUAUAUGCUUCUUCUUAGCUCAGAUAUAAGUAAUGAAUUAUUGCAAUUAUUUUUUGAUCAUGGAAUUAAUCCAAAUUGGAAAUCAGGUUCGCAUAAUGAAACAAUUCUUCAUUUUAUCAUUAAACGUAAAAAAUAUUAUCACACUAUUGAUUAUUUAUUAAAUUCACGAAUUAAUGUUAAUAUUAGUGAUAAUACUGGUAAUACUGCAUAUUAUUAUAUUAUAAAUAAAAUUUACAAUAUCGUUGAAAUUGCAUUGCGUCAAGGUGAACUUUUACGUUAUCGUCAAAGUGAUAAUUCAAAAAUAAAUCUUAGCAAUAUUAAUAGAGAAUUUGAUUGUGGUAAAGGGGCAUAUGAAUGUUUAGAACAUAAAAUAAUAGUUGCUAAAUUAUUUACAAAAGAAAUUGCAAUAUUGUCAGCAACACGAAGAAAUAUGCAUCGUCAAAUGGUUGUAUUGUAUAAAAAUUGGUUUGUCAAACCAUAUUAUAAUAUUUGUCGUCGUGAAAUUUUAAAAGCAAAAGAUUUUCAAAUAUGUGAUAAAAUAACAUUUCUUGAUGUUUUAUCGGCGAGUAGUUUAACAUUAGUUGAAUAUUCGAGAAAUGAAGAAUUAAUGGAUUAUGCAAAACGAGAGGAUUAUUUAAAUGAUUUUCCUGAAAUUGGAACAUUUUUUCUCAAUCGUAUGUUAUAUGGUGAAAAAAAAAGAAUUCUUCAUGACAAUAGUAUAGAAUCAUUUAGAAAAUUAGUGAAAAUUGAAUUACCUGAAGAAUUAUUUUUGGAAAUUUCACAAUAUUUAAGUACAGUUGAUUUAAAUAAUAUGUAUAAAGCUGUAUAUGAAGGGAAAAAAAAUUGUUAAUUCUAGUCAAUUUUUUUUUUGGUACAAUAAUAUAAUUAUUGUAAAAUAAAUUAAUUUAAUUCAAGCAUAAUAAUUAUUUAAAUUUUAUGAUUUUAUGUAAUUAUUUGAUUCAUUAUAAUGUGGAUUAAAAUUUUAUUGUAAAUAUUAUAUUUAGAAAGUCAAGGUUUAUUUAUGAUUUAAUGAAUGUGUUGGUGAGAAUAGUACAAAAGCCUCCCUCCUAUACUCAUAUAGGGUCGUAUACAGCGAAUAACAUGCAAUUAUGGUCGUGUCAUCUCCUUGUCUUGCUAGUAUUCUAUUCGCGAAAUGCCUCUGGCCUUGUGCGUUGCAAAAUAAAUGGAAUAUAUAUAUGGCAGAAUAGAAAUGCCAAUAAUCAAAUUAUUUAUGUUAUAUGGCAAAAGCAGGCGCACAUCCUCAAUAUUUGGUUUUAUGUCUUUCAAAAUCUAUUUUUUAUUUCUUGAAAUGUAUUAUAUAUAUGUAUUUUGAAAAAUUCCUAUAAUGGAGAAAAAUGUUUAUAGAAAACCAAAAUUGAUUUUUGAAACUGAUUUACAAAAUAUAUUGCUUAAUGAAAUAGAAA